UCGGCCGAGGGAGACAGAAACCUGAAUCGCUGGUCUGCUUCUACAACAUCGAGUCGAGACUCUGCCCAGAACCACCACGCAACCAGUUCUCACGCGCGCCGUUUAAGUGUUGAUCCUUCUGCACUACUUGCACCUAGCAACACCCUCGCCAAAAGCCAGCCGCUCCAAAGACUGCUGCGAGGCAGGAGACGCUCCAGUUCGAGCGAGACAUCUUGGGGAGCAUAUAGUAGUGGCAGCCGUUUGCGCACAUACUCACCUGCCGGGCCUGCGCGCGCUGAUCGUCUAUCCAGUGUCUUUACGCCACAUCAGCUUGACUUUCCCCUAGGUACCGAACCACCGCCCAGCGGAUACGCUACGAGGCCGCCACCAGGUACAUCUCGAGCUUACAAGGGCCCUUCUGGAGUCGAGAAAAACCAAGUCUGGGAUGCAUUCUCCGGCCAGGGCCGGAGAGGAUCAGCCGAAACGGGCCUACAGCAGCUACCUUACACAGGUAUGUCGUCCGAUCACAAUGGAGAGGCCUCUCAGGUGAGAGGCCACUCUCGUAACCGGUCCCAGACGGCCGCCAAGGGGAGUACCGACACCACCGGAUCUUUGCGUGAAAGGGAAAGAGGGAACAGGCCACCGUCCCAGAAAGCCAUGCUUUCCCGGGCACUCCAAAAAGCGAACACGGCGGUCCAAUUAGACAAUGCACAGAAUUUCGAAGGCGCGAGGCAUGCUUAUGCAGAAGCAUGCGAUCUUUUGCAUCAAGUCUUAGCCAGGACCUCAACCGAUGAAGAUAGACGGAAGCUUGAGGCGAUUCGCCGAACGUACACUAGCCGCAUCGAAGAGUUGGACCAGAUGGCUCCCAUUCAGCUAGAGUCAGAAGAAAAAGCACUGCCAGCGAGACCUGAAAGCUUGGGCCUACGCUUGAACCCCAGCUUGCAGUUUGACGAUGUCGACGACCUUGAGGAGCCUGCUGGCCUUGAAACUGCGGCUCUUAACAGGAUUUUGAGGGAUGGAAGUCGAAGUUCACCAAAUUACGGAGGCCCGGGGUUGCCCAUUUCGCGGAUGCAAACCCUCGGAGAACUCUCGAGAAGCUCUGCAAGGGUGCCGGAGCCUUAUACUCUGCAGUCCGCGUUUUCGAGAUCACCACUCCGUGAUCGUGCAUCAGACGAACAACUCAUCUUCCAAAUGCCCGCUGAGGAUGCUUCUCUGCCGCCGCCGCUUUCACCGCAAAGACCUCGGUCUCCCAAACUUGAUGACCGAAGCAACUCAGAUGGGCCUGUGAAAUCUGAAUUUUUACUCACCUCAAGGCGGACUAAUCAGAGUCCUCGUCACAUCCGAAACUCCAGCCGAGAGUCGAACUCCUGGUUAGACCCCAUUGACGAAUCCGGGGGUUCCACAGCCUCAUCUAUCCACUCCCGACCCUCUUCUGCCAUUGUGAGGCGGAAACACAUUCGCUCUCCGAGCGGCGCAACCGAAGCUGAGUUUGACGCAGCAUUGGAUGCAGCCGUCGAAGCAGCUUAUGACGAUGGAUACGAGCCGAUGGGAUUUUCGGAUUCAGAAGGCCAUGGAUUGGACGACCCUGUUGUGGCCACAGCAUUGCACAAAGUCGAGGUCGCUAAAGAACGUGUCCGGCGAAACGAAAGAGGAGCCUUUGAGCAAGCGGAUGGGAGAGAACAGCGCGGACAGAGUCUAUCGGAGCAACAUUCCGAUGAAGAUGUCAUACAUGAAGAUUUUUAUGACGAUGGAUCUUCCGAUGAGGAGGAGCGUAUCCUGGAGGAAAUGACGCAUGACUACUCAGUAGACCAGUUUGCUUUUAACCUGGCAUCUCACCAGGCUGCGGCCAGGAACUCGGGCUCUAGCGACUUGGCUGAAUCGGCUUGGCAAGCGACUGUGGCAUCAAGAAACACAGUAGCCGCGGAUGUUUCCACGUCGCCGACCGACCCCAGUGGCACAACUCAUUUUCCUGGAGCCGGAAGCCCGAAAGCUCCACCUCCAUUGCAGGCCUUACCAGAAGUGCCCGUUAAAAAGUCUUUCGCGGCGACAACCUCAUCGCCGGGGCCUGGGCAGAGUGUGCGAAGUAGACGGAUGUCAGGGCAAAAUCCCAAGCAACUAAAAAUUGAGACUUCCAAGCUGUCGCAAUUUGGCGACCCUGGGCGGCGGUAUAGUGUUGCUCAGGCACCGAGCGGGACUCGUGGGAUAGAAUUCGAUACUCUGGACAUGACCGGCCCGGCCGAGAUAAACGAUACGGUCAGUCGGCCAUACUCGCCGCCGGAAGGCAUAAGCCCCACUCAGCCAGUACCUCCCACGCCGCCGUUCGGUCAUACUAGAAGUCGGGAUAGCGAGGACUUCACUGGGAGCCAUUCCGGCUCGCCGUCCUUUAGGCCUCCUUUAAGGAAGAAUUUCUCAUCUUCGAGUCUAAGAAGCAUGAAGAAUCGCAACAUGUCAUUGUCCAACCUGGAUGACGCAUCUGAUAUAUCACCUGGUACUCCAUUAAGCACCGGCUUCGGCAUCAACAGCAGGUACCCAGCGAUGCCAACGUUGCCUACGCCCUUAGCGGCAGCUUUUAGAGACAAAUUUACGUCGAGCUCUGUUGGCGGCUUAUAUCUCUUCGAUGAUAGCCUCCAUUCGCCGCAGAGCCCGGGAUCGCCAAAUCCAUUUCAGGGCGAUGCCCCGGUUCCACUCGAGCCCUGUCCAACAGACUAUCUGUUAAGACCAUUUUGGCUGAUGCGGUGCUUGUACCAGACACUGGCUCACCCCCGUGGAGGUUACUUGAGCAAUAAGCUGUUUGUUCCACGAGAUGUAUGGAAGGUGAAAGGAGUUAAGAUCCGGAACGUAGAGGACAAGGUGGCAACAUGUGAUUAUCUCACAGCGGCGCUUCUCAAGUUGGCGAGGGUCGACACAUGCGAUGCCGAUGCCGUACUUGAGGAGAUGCAGUAUUUGGAGGGUAUCUUGGAACAAGUUCAAGCCAAUUUGACGCGAAAGCUGGGGACCGAUGUUGGCGUUCAAAAUUCCAGCAUGCUCUUUCGAGAUGCGUCAAACUCGGCUGAGAUCGAAGCAGCAAUCAGCGUGCCACGUUCAGGCAGUGUUUCAGGGAAGUCCUCGUCCUUCUCGUGGCGUAGAUUGCGAUCCAAGAAUUCGGCAGCGGGCUUAAACAACUCGUUUAACGCCAAAGGGAACGGGUUAGAAAGUGGUAAAGAAUCUCCAGGCCCGGAGACGCUACCCAUGACGGACCACCCAACGAGUCGCCCGUCGAAGAGAGAUCCGGGCAAUGCGCAAUUUACAGGGCCAAACGCACAUUAUAUGGGAUCUCUCGCCCGACUGUUCGAUGCUGCUCAGACAAUUGAUCAAAUCGCCCGCCAGGUCGAAGAUCCUGGGUUGAGGCAUGCCGACAAAACACAGGUUGGCCUUGAGCUGUGCACUCGACAUGCGUCAGAGUUCUUCGGUUUUUUUAUUUGCCGCUUUGUGCUAUCCGAUCUCAGUCUGUUGUUGGACAAGUUCAUCAAGAGGGGAAGUGAGUGGGUUCUUGCAUGAGAUAGUCGACGGGAGGAUAUAUUGCGACUUACAUCGAUGGCAUGGGACGAAGCAUGGACACAUGGUGCAAGCGUUCAACAGAGCGACAAUAUGAAGUGUCAUAUCAGGUUUCAUUAUCAGUACCAUCCGUAGUAGGAGGUAGUCAAAAGGGGCAAUCAAGAAGGCCCUACAAUAGAAACGGGGCGAGAACUCUACAUGCGGGGGGAUGGAUCUUGGUUUUCAUAGUAUAGCCAGGAACUCGAUGCAACAAGAUACCCAAAUCUUAUCUGCAAAAUAUCA